AGUACCUAUAUCAGCCCCAAUUCAGUUGACUAUAUUGUGAUUUUGAACCUUGUUUUCAAAAGUGAUUGUGAACGCACAAAAAAGGGAUAACAUGGAGGAAAUUAAAAUAAUAUUAACCCCGCGCAAAGCACGGAAGCUAAAGCGUUUUAUCAUUUUUUUUUGCAAAGAAAAGGGUCCCGAGUAAAGGGUAUCCUCCAAGUUAUAUUGAAUACUUCCCUUGGAAAGAUCAGAUUUGAAUACAAACAAUUUAGCGGCAGUACAUAUCUUAACUCGCAAAACAGAGGAGAAGAAGGAUAUAUGCCAGGAGGAAGAUAUUCCUCCCAGUGCAGAGCAAUGAAACUCUGAAAUUUCAAAAGGCGGACGUUUCAUCAAAUGCAGAUAUCUCUAAUACCACCAUCAGCUCUAAUUCAAUUGAUUUUCUUCUAAGAUUAUUGAAAUUCAUUACAAGGAAAAUAGUGCACAAAAAGUUGAAACUUCUGUGAUUUAUUGAAAUUAUAUAAAACAGGAUGAUGUAUAAUUUCUUUGACUUAUCCCGAUGCGCUUCAUUUUGAAUGAUAAAGAAACUUAAGUGUCAAAAUUUCAAACUGAGGGCGCAAAACAGGACAGGAGAUGAAUGUGCAGGGAAAUGACAUGAAGUUUAGUAGAAUUUGAUAAAAAAUAUUGUACUUUUUUUAUUUAAUACGACACAAAUUUUAUACCUUCCUCUUUUUAAAUUAGGAACCUGUUUGCCCCCAAAUUAUGGUUGUUUAGUAAUGAGCUGAAAAGCGGGAGAAGUUGUCUAUAUGGAGGUGACGGCAGAAAUUGAUAUAAAGAUUUUACCCGCCCGGAGCCGACCCGACCAGAAGUUGCGCGAUCAAUUUAAAAAAAGAUAACUUCAGAUACUUCGGCCUAUCCUUACUCUAAUUUCAUGCCCUAAUGUAUAUAUUUGAACUUUGACUGGCAAGUAACACACAUAGAUGAGGUGGAAAAACAGGGUUAGAGAAAGGGUGAGGGAAACAGAGGAGAACUGCAAUAUUGUCAUUUAACUUUUCAAACAGUGGACUCAUGAAUAAAAUAGCAUAGAUAACCAUGGUAACAGGCGUCAAUUUGGCGCACUGUGACAAAAACGCGCAUCAGCAUUGAAAUGUUUUAUACACGCGCCCGAUAUGCGGUAAAUUAAGCGUAAUUUAUACAGGAAAUCUGCAUAAACCAUGGACUCAACCGUGGGUUUUCAAAACCACCUUUGUGAAUUCGGGCCAUAAGGAGUGGAAAGAAGUCAACAGAGCUGACAAAAUACCCAGCAGUGAAUGCCAUUUAGUUUUCAAUGUUUGUUUGCAGCACUGAGGGUAGGCCUGAAGGUGUUCAGGUGUUCAUUUACUUCUCAAUAGUUAGAUACAAGACAGACUUAUGAAGAAGAUAUUAGAAAGGCAUUCUACAUGAUCAGAUUGUGACUUGCAGAUUAUGAGUGUAAUACAGAUGGAUAUAUGAAAUUGAAAGAAUAACCAAGAGCACAAUAAUCGCUAGAGGGUAUUCAUUUGUCUCGCAAUCUACUAUGGUCAACAAGGAAAUUCGUGAUCACUCUCGCAAAAAGUGUUCACUAGCUUUCUAGGAAAUUUGUGAUCACUCUCGCAAAAAGUGUUCACUAGCUAACUAGUUCACGAUACUUGGAGAGACAUGUAAUUUGCCAUUAUUAUUGGUGAUCGGUGAUCAUGUUUCUGUUCAAAAACUUUUUUAGAUGUUUUUUUCAAUAAAUAUUUCUCAGGCUUGCAUAGAAAUCCUUGUUUCUUCAAUAAAAGUUGUUAAGGCCGUGUAGCUCAAUCACACAUGAAACCUGUUUCUUUAAUCUAUAAGUCCUCUACUAGGCUCUAACAUUAGACUGCACAGUCAAAUCUCUGAUUAUAAAUAAACCCAUGGAUUGUUUGUUUUUCUUGUUUUUCAAACAGGACUACAGGUCAAUCCACCAAUGUUCAUGCAACGUCAUCAAGAAAUAAAAAUAGAGAUCAAAGAGGAAAAUGACAGCGAGGAUGAGGAAAUGAUGUUAGAACCCUUCCAAGUACCUGUCGAAGAUGAAAAGCCAGAUCAUAUAAAGGAGAACAAGUUACAAGAAGAGAGUCCAAAUCAUGUCACUAUUAAAGUGGAGAUUGAGUAUGAUGAUGAUGGGAAUCUGCUAAAUGCUCAUGAAAUCGAAGGAGAGGGAAUCAUUGCACUCCUUGCAAUUGAGGACUAUGAUGAGGCUAUCCAGACACAAAUCAAUCCAACAUCAUCAGGUGAUCAGAGGUCAGGUGAUCUCAACACUCAGUCAUGUGAUCAGGAGACUGAACAAACCUUGACAGAAGUAGCUCCAGGAGGCAACCAGACCCCCAAGCAAUCAGGUGAUCUCAACACUCAGUCAUGUGAUCUGAAGAUUGAACAAACUUUGACAGAAGUUGCUCUAGGGGGAGACCAGAUUCCCAAGCAAUCAGGGGAUCUCAACACUCAGUCAUGUGAUCUGAAGAUUGAACAAACUUUGACAGAAGUUGCUCCAGGGGGAGACCAGAUUCCCAAGCAAUCAGGGGAUCUCAACACUCAGUCAUGUGAUCAGAAGAGAGAACAAACCUUGACAGAAGUAGCUUCAGCGGGCGACCAGACCCCCAAGCAAUCAGGUGAUCUCAAAACAAAGUCAUGUGAUCUGGAGACUGAACAGACCUUGACAGAAGUUGCUCUAGGGGGAGACCAGACUCCCAAGCAAUCAGGUGAUCUCAAAACAAAGUCAUGUGAUCUGGAGACUGAACAGACCUUGACAGAAGUAGCUCCAGGGGGAGACCAGACCCCCAAGCAAUCCGAACCAUCUUGUUCAAAAGUGGAGGAAGGAGAUGAUUGGCAGGAAAGAAAGGGCUCAGAUUCUGGGAUCUACCGAUGUGAGUACUGUGGAUCAUUCUAUGCCAUUCCUCUCAUCUUAGCAAGGCAUCUCAAGUACAAACAUGGAAUACGUGGUAUCUACAUGCGGUCGCAGGAGGGCAUUCUACAGUUUGUUGAUGGAGAAAUACAAAGACCUCCCUGUAAAUCUAAUGACUUUGAACUUGGUGAAAUGGGGAUUUUAAAAGAAGGAAGUGAAGUAAAUAUGAUACUUGAGUGUAAGUCCAGUAUUGAUUCAUAUUUUGCAUCAUGCCAUAAAGUAAUUGAUGAUGAGAAGCCCUCUGUAUGUGAUCAAUGUGGUAAGGCAUUUAAUAAAAAACAGAGUCUCAUAAGACAUAAACGAAUCCAUACAGGUGAGAAACCGUAUGUAUGUGAUCAAUGUGGUGAAGCAUUUAAUAAAAAACAGAGUCUCAUAAGACAUAAACGAAUCCAUACAGGUGAGAAACUGUAUGUAUGUGAUCAAUGCGGUGAGGCAUUUAAAUUAGAACAUCAUCUCACUAGACAUAAACAAAUCCAUACCGGUGAAAGGCCCUAUGUAUGCGAUCAAUGUGGUAAGGGAUUUAGUCUAUCUUAUGAUCUCACAAGACAUAAACUAAUCCAUACCGGUGAAAGGCCCUAUGUAUGCGAUCAAUGUGGUAAGGGAUUUAAAUUAGAACAUCAUCUCAUAGAACAUAAACGGAUCCAUACAGGUGAAAAGCCCUUUGUAUGUGAUAAAUGUAGUAAAGCAUUUAGUCAAUCUGGUGAUCUCACGAGACAUAAACGAAUCCAUACCGGUGAGAAGCCCUGUGUGUGUGAUCAAUGUGGCAAGGCAUUUACUCGAUUAAAGGCUCUCACUAUACAUAAACGAAUCCAUACUGGUGAGAAACCGUAUAUAUGUGAUCAAUGUGGUAAGGUGUUUAAAUUAGAACAUCAUCUCAUAGAACAUAAACGGAUCCAUACAGGUGAAAAGCCCUUUGUAUGUGAUAAAUGUAGUAAAGCAUUUAGUAAAUCUAAUGGUCUCACAAGACAUAAACUAAUCCAUACUGGUGAGAAGCCCUAUGUGUGUGAUCAAUGUGAUAAGGCAUUUAGAUACAAAUGGAAUCUCAGAAUUCAUGAGCAUAUCCAUAUAGGUGACAAGCCCUAUGUAUGUGAUCCAUGUGGAAGGGCAUUUACGAGAUCUUAUGAUCUAACAGCACAUAAACUAAUCCAUACAGGAGAAAAGCCCUUUGUAUGUGAUAAAUGUAGUAAAGCAUUUAGUCAAUCUGGUGAUCUCACGAGACAUAAACGAAUCCAUACCGGUGAGAAGCCCUGUGUGUGUGAUCAAUGUGGUAAGGCAUAUGCUCGACAAUCUAAUCUCACAGCACAUAAACGAAUCCAUACAGGUGAGAAACCUUAUGUAUGUGAUCAAUGUGGUAAGGCAUUUAAUAAAAAACAAAGUCUCAUAAGACAUAAACAAAUCCAUACCGAUGAAAGGCCCUAUGCAUGUGAUCAAUGUGGUAAGGCAUUUAAAUCAGAACAUCAUCUCACAGAACAUAAACGGAUCCAUACCGGUGAGAAGCCGUAUGUAUGUGAUCAAUGUAGUAAAGCAUUUACUCGAUUAAGCCAUCUCACUAGACAUAAGCAAAUCCAUACAGGGGAGAAACCGUACGUAUGUCAUUAUUGUUAUAAGGCAUUUACUCAAUAUAGUAAUCUCGCAAAACAUAAACAAAUCCAUACAACGGGAGACGCCCUAGGUAUGUGAUCAAUGUGGUAAAAUAAUCCAAUCGACCCCACCAUCUCACAAAGCAUAAAAAAAAUCAACACAGGUGUUUACUUUUAUCAUCAAAUUGUUGAGUAUAUGCCUAUUUAAAGGGGAAUCCAACCCAAAUAAAAACUUGUUUUUAUAAGGAAAAGAAAAAUCAGACAAGUUGAUAGGUGAAAGUUUGAACAAUAUUGGACAAACAACAAGAAAGUUAUGAAUUUUUAAAAGUUGUAAAUAUUGGUAAUCACUAUACCCAUGGAGACUUCAAAUUAGCCGCAUAUGGGAUGUCAUAGUGAUGUAAGGCAAGGACUACUCUUCCAUGUACUCCAAUACAUAUGGCUAAAAUGUCAUUUUUCCUAAAAGUUUUAUUUCAAAUUAUAUUUUUCUUUCAUGAGGACAUAAAAACAAUAUACUACCUGGGUUAUAUUUAGAUUACUGCCCCAGGUGAAUGGGUACUUAGGAGAAAACCACAAAUCCCUGAUAAUAAAGUACAUGGCCUAUGGGAAAGUUGUCCUUGCCCCUUGUCAUAUUUUACUUACCCAGUUGCCAAUUUGAAAUCUACAUAGUAUUAGUGAUCUCAAUUUUAAAGCAGCUAUAACUUUCUUAUAGCUUGUCCGAUUUCUUUCAAACUUUCACCAUUCUGUUUAAUCUAUUUUUCUCCUUCCCAACACAACAUUUUAUGGCCGAGGCUGGAUUCCCCUUUAAGGCUCCCAUAAAAGUAAACACUUUACUAACAAGAAUAUAUAUAUAUAUGAUAUAUAUUGCUGAACAUCAAAAUGCCUAAACAGAUACCUAUUCAUGAGCAUUAAUGUUUCAUGUUUCAUUUGUGAACUGAUGAGCUUAAUUUCCUUUCAUGUGCAUGCAUACUGUAACUUAAGAUUGGAAGAAAUCAUGUAACUGGUAAACACUUUUACUAACAUGAAUAUCAGUAUGUAGGACUAGAGUGAAAUUUCAUGGUAUCUUUGGAAGAGUUCUAAAAGGUGAAGAAAUAAAAUAUCAUCAUUGAUUUUAACAUAUUUUGUCAAUAUCAUACUAAUAAUUGACAUACAAGAAAAUCAAGUUAAAAAAUUAUUUGUCCGGGGGUCAAACUCAAGGUCAAAAGUAAAGGUCAAAGGUCACGACCUUAUAAAUCGCUCCAAUACAUUAUUUGAUGCAUGUUUUGGAUUCCUCUCUAAAUUUCCUAAUAAAUGGUACCAGUUUCAUGAAAAUUGGUGAACAUGUUACGACGCAGUGGCCAUUGGAAGUUGAAGGUCACGCCCAUUUUUGUCAAAACAAGGAGAAAAGGGCGGGCCGUAGCGCGAGAACCGACGGACCAAUUGGAAUUAUUUUUGUUUUGUUUUGUGCGUGGGCCAUUGUGAAUUUUAUGUGUACCAAUUUACAACGAAUUCCGAGAGGGUAGGGUGCAAAAUUGCACAUUCAUUGGGUGAAUUGGCAUGGAAUGACCCGUACCUGAUAGGAUGCAAAAUUUAUAAUAAUAAUAAUACAGGUAUAUUUACCCAGAGAAGCGACUUCAGUUCUGAAACUGUUCUCACAGUGAGCCCUGCUAUUAUUAUUACUCCGGCUGCCUUUACCUGGGCUGCCUAGGGGCCCAAGCAUUCAAAUAAUUUCUUCCUACCGGGUUCCUCAUUCACCUCACCUGGGUUGAGUGCAGCACAACGAGGAUAAAUUUCUUGCUGAAGGAAAUUAUUGUAUGUUUGAAUUUGCCAGCGCCAUUAUGAGGCUGCGAUGAAGGCAAGGAAUGCCCUCCAGUGAAAGGAAAUCGUGCACUUUUCACGUGGGAUUGAAAUUAAUCCAAUGACCGGGGUAAUGAUAUGCAAUAAAGCGGUUUGAGCUGUUAUGGGAAAAGUGCUGUAUACCUGGGGGGGCCACUUACAUUGAUGAGUGGAUACCAUGCGCGACCAAAAAAACACGUAAAAAGGAUGUCUUUUUCACGAUAGGGCACGUUACGUACGUAACGUGAUAAGGGUGUCAAAAACACAAAAAUAAUGAAAAAAGGGUGUCUAUUUCGCUAGGGCAAUUACGUGUUUAGGGUCGAAUUUGCGGGGAUGAUAAAACAAAAUUAAAAUGUUUUAUAAAGGAUGUCCUUCGUGUUUAGAGUCCAAUUUGCGCGAGGUGUAGAAGGUUGGGUUGUACUACACCAAAUAAGGUAAAGUAGUCCGGUCUGUUAGCGUAAAAAAUGCCCUACUUGUGGACACGGUGGACAAAAGCAUGAUUUUUUCUCUAGACCUUUGUUCAUGUAU